UUAACUUUUGUACUGGGACAUAUGAGGUGAAAAAAUAAUUGUGUUAUUUCUUUCACGAAAAAAAAGGAUACUUUUUUAUAUUUCUUCCGGGAAUAGAUGUGAGGGAGUUUGAUGAAAAUGGCAACGAUAUUUCGUACUGUCUAUGACGGACAGCCUCGUGUUUUUGAGAAGUGGCCAGACUACGGAACGGACGGCUCGACCCGUACCAGAACGGAAUAGAUCUUGACAAUACAUCGAUUUGAAAAAAUGCGACGGUGUGGCGUGAAGGGACGGAUUUUUUGAGGAAACGGGGGGACAACCCUCGCUGAUGGAGAAACCCCACGAAACGAAACAAGAUGGUUCCUGCGUCGAUCCCCUGUGGGACCCUUUCUCCACUGACCAUGUGAAAGCGAAACUAAAAAGAGAUUCGCCCAGCGCGGAGGAGGCGGUGGGGAGAAAGAGUACACCUCUCACUCCGCAAGAGUUCGAGUUGUUAUCGGAUUCGAAUCCUUUCAAACAGGACAUCGCGGAGAAGUACGGUUUGGCGUACCCGGGGAUAACAACGAAAUCACAGAGUCAUGAUUUCUUGAAUAAAUCGAAAGGAUUGCUUGAUUCGGAGGAUUUAUACACGGAAACACGGCGAAGAAAAAGUACCAACGACGCGGAUGGGUACAACGAAACUUCGCUGAAAGGGAUUCGUGGAAGAAGAUGUUUCAAAAAUAGUUCGACGCGAGGUCUUAACGAGUUUUUGUUCCGAAACCAACAGUCUAUAGAGGAAAGUAUACAAAAGUUAACGGAGUCCGAAUCCGAUUUGACGCGCGCCAAACGGGACGAGUUUUUGAGACGGAACCAAAAAUCGAUCGAGGAGAGUAUUCAGAGAUUGGAACACUUUGAGAUUAGUUGCAGUAAACACGUCUCGUCCAAGGCGGAUAAGUUCGGCGUCGUUUACGUCACCGGGUCUUUUGGUAACGGUGACGAGUGGUCGGGUGCUUCUUCUUCGUUGAACGCACGCGCGGCUAAUCUGAUCCAGUCCCAGUUGUCGGAGGGGUCAACGGAAACUGAGGACAGUGUGAGCAAGAGUAAUGCGGCGUCUGAGAAACGUAGGGAUAAAACAGAUGAUGAGAUUUUAAAGAAAGAGGAGGUUGAUUUAGAUAAAAAUCUGAUAAAUAAACUUGAUAAUGUGUCAGUUUCAGAAAAUAAAGAUGGAAUAACUCUAAAGUCUGGUGGAUCGCCAGAGAGAGAAAGCACAGAAGUAAAACUAAAUACAUCAAUCGGACCUGUAGCAGUUAAUAAGGACACAGUAGGGGCAUGUAUCGAGGAUACAACUAGUCAGAAUACAGAAGCAUCAAGAUCGGAUCCUUACGCUGCUAUAAGAUUAGAAGAUCAUACCAGAAAACGAGGUUUCAAAGCAUUUUCGGAAGGUCAGUCGUACGGGUCAAAAGACGGGUCACUUGAGUUCAACGAGUUGUCGACAAGAAGCAUUGAUAUUGCUGAGUUAGCCCGGAAAGGUGCGAAGUUGACCACACAGGUGAAGACAAGUUCAGUCCAGGUGGAUGACAGGAACCAGCUCUCUCAGUCCGGGGAUAGCCUCGUGUCCGGCGCUCUCAGACUUUCGGCUGACUCGCGCACGUCCGGCUCGUCCGACGAAUCCAGCAGCAGCGUCACGCCUGACCACACGUCGUCGGUUGUGUCCGUGUACGAGCAGACGUCCAGCGCACCGGACAACACCAAGACGGACACUGACCAACACGCGCUUGACCCUGACACGAAGACGUCCAACAACGACGAGGACGAUGAGCUCCUGUUUGAUAUUGGUCACGGGUUCAAACCCAGCUUGAGCAAAUCCAGCAGCCAGGAGAGUUCGAGCUCGGCGAGGAAAUGCAUCAGCCCGUUUUCAGAUCCUGAAGAAUCAGCGCCUCCUACUAACGACGAUAAAUUCAGUUCUUCGUUCUACGCCGCGUUCAGCGCUACGGUUUCCUCUCUUGAAGACAUAGCCGAGCCAGGUCUGGUGGAGAAAGAUCUACUCUCUGACGCUGGAACCAGUGGUACCCCCGACACGAGAACAACACCGGAGAUUGAAACGAGUGAGAGAAUCAACGAGAAGAUCGUAUGGAACGACGACGAUGAUUUGAGUGGGUUCGGUACUGAAGAUACGUCCAUGGCGCACUUUGAAGAAACCUCAGGGGACGAUUCAGUUUUUGGGGAAAGUGCCACGCAAAGUUGUCAUGAAGAGCUCCUGUCUUUUGCUGAGAGCAUUCAGUACGGUGAACGUGGUGAUCACUCCCCCUGCACGUCUAAGGAAAUUCUACUCCAAAGUAAACUUUCAAACGGCAGUGGAGACUCCUCAAGAGGUAGCAUCUCUAGGGAAUCCAUGCGGGUGAAUUUAUCCCAGGAUAGUUCGACGAUUGAUCAGCCGGAAGAUUUAUCCCUGCCGUCGUCUAGACCAGAGUCAACAUGCCGUCGGCAAUUUGACGUCACGGCUGCUCUUGUUCCGCUUGCCGAGUGUACGUCGACCGAUUCGAUGCUUGUGAACAUGUCUAGUGAUAGCCUAGCCACGGCAGGAAAAGCUGGGGGGUUCCCCAAGCCGAUUGAAAGGGCGAACCGGAAAGCUCUUUCGAUAGAUUUGAGGCGACGCAAUAUGCUGGAACAAACUCGUAGACGGUCUCUUCCUAUGGUGAUGCUUAAAAAUCUCGGCAAAGAACAGCCGCUGCUUUGGUCGUCACAGUCAGUAGAUGCUACUAUAGAACCAUCACAAAGACGCCCGUCUCUACCAUUCGAUGCACCUAAACUUGAAAAAAUCAAAACGUUUAAAACCUCGCAAACAAAAUUAGAAUACGAAGAAGCGCCAUCAAACUCUGUAUCUUCGUUCAAAUCAUUUGGGAAAUCACCGUCAAUCACUGAAAAGGAAAAAGAAGACGAAGCACAAAAACCAAGUGGCCAUGAUAAUACAAGGGAUUUAUUAGGCGGCGAUGUAUCUGAUUCAGCCGUGGCGUCUCUUGCUUUUGAUCCGUGGGCUCCGUUUGUAAACGCUGCUGAACAAAGCGAGCUGUCGUUUAACGAUUUCUCUUGGCCCAACGACGAUUGGGGUUCUACUGCUAUCGUCUCUGGUGAAAUCAAAAGCGCACCAGCCUCUUCUUCAAGUUUUAACACAUUUGACGACACAUUUUCUAAUGCUUUAGUUGACACAUCAGCUCGUGUUCUAAAUGAUCCAUUUGCUGUUGUAGAAACUGAAAAAGAGGCCAAAACAUUGGAUUUAGAUUCUGAGAAGGAAGGGACACAACCUCGAUUAGUUGAGCCGAUAACUCCGGGCACACAACAACGCUCUCCGUCACCAAGGAUGGGAUUUUCGUCUUUUGUCAAAACAAAAAUGCAACAACCUAUGCAGGUAGUCUCCCUGUUUUCUAGCAAACACGCACAAGAAAAACACGAAGAACAAGUUCUGGAUACGGUAGCUUCACCACCGUUGAACGAAUCAUUACCUGAAGCUGAGUCAAACAAAGAAGUUAUAUCUACAGACAUAGAUCAUGAAACUAAGGUAAAAGUCACAACCGGGGCACCACCUGAUCUUGUGCCUAAUGUCGUCACACUUACUUCACCUGUGGAAAAUGUUUAUACUGAAUGUAUAUCACAAUCUAAACCUUCAAUCACAGAAUUGGAAACUGAACCUAAGGUUACAAGUAUUGACGACAUUUCUAAACUACAAGCUACCGCUCCUGAAAAUGAAAAGAACGGUACUAAAAGUGCGACAUUAAUUGAGACUGAAGAUUUUGAAGUCCACCAAGCAGAGUUAAACGAAAAAGAAACAAAUGAAACUCUACCACAAUCCGAGCCUGAUCAAGGUCCUAAACCUCAGAUUUCUAAGAGUGACAGUAGCAGUGACAGCGAUGGGGGUGACAUAGACGCUCUGGUACAGGAGUAUAAACAAGACGCCAGUGAAAGCGACGAUGCUGACAUCGACGACAUCGUCAAGGAGUUCAAAACAGACACCGUCGACGUUCCUACUCAGAAGGAAAUGGAUGCUGAAAAACUACGAAAAUCCGCUUUCAACAAAUUUGGGAAAGUUCUAAAUAAAAUGCAGUCCGUGACGAAAUACAUGGUGAAAAAGAAAGACAAAGACGAUGAAGACAAAUCUAAAUCUCCUCCAUCAGGGAGAGGGAGGUUAAGGAGUCAGUCUCACGAUGACGAGUCAGAGGCCGUGGCGUCACAGAGAAAUGCAGAACAAGAUGACGCCUUUGAGUUGCUCAACAAGGCGGCGGAGGUGUUCAAGGAACAAACUGUGAGAAAGAGAAGGCCGACCCCUGCGGGCAUGUGGCGGUCCAAGACAAUUCAAUCCGAAGCGAUCGAAGCUGAUAGUGAUGUUGACCUGGUCACCAGGGCCGCUAUUCUGUUCAAGGGCUUCAAGAGCAAAAAAGUGAAAGAUAUUGAUUCGGCCGAGUUGAAACCACAGCCUGAAGAAGUCCUUGAGCCGAUUUCUGAAGUGAAAAUCAAUGCCAUCGACAAAGUUGAAGCGGUUACUAGUGAAGAAGAUAAACCUAAAACUGUCGACCAAUUACCAAUCACUAGGGAACUAAAUUUUGAUAAUGAAAUAUUAUCACAAAAUGUUACUGACACUUUGGUAAAAGAUGAAACAGAAAAACAGGAAUCAGGGUCCAAAAUGGCUAGUCUUCUUGAUGAUACAGUCGUGGAUUCGUCUGAUGUUGUUGAUAAAGACAGCACCAUUGUGGAAAGAGAAAGUUGUGGCAUGGGCGAUUCAGGGUUCGAGUCUGUGAUUAAAUACGCAUCUGAACAGCAGGAAAAAACAGAAGAAGUAGAUCUGCUGAAUAUUAGUUUUGGAGAAACUGCAAUAGAAACAUCGGUCGCCGCGAAUGAUGUUCAAAGAUAUUCAGUAAAUGAUUUUAUCGAUGUUGAUAUGAUAAUGGGUGCAAAGCUUAAAGAAAGUUCUGAUGAAAACGGUAUCGGGAGCGGAAUUGUAGAAACGAGCAGUGUUGGACAGUUGAACGAGGAGUGUGUGGAGAAGGUUAAAGUUGAAGACGUUCCAACUAAACCGGAAGUCGUGGAGCCGUUGGCCAUCACCACGCCCAUCUCCGUGGACAUAUCAUCACCAUCAACCCAGGACAGGUCGGAGUUGUCUGAAAGAAGCAUCACGGUCGAUUCAGAACUGGAACCGGAAUCUCCCAAAGUCUUAGGGGUGUUGAAAGAACAAACCUGCGACUUAAUUCUCAGCACUGGCUAUGAAGAGGUCAAGGCUUCGAAGAAAGUGGAAUCGUCUGUCAAGGUCAGGCGAGAGAAGUCCGUGAAGAAAGGAUCGAGAGACGAUACAAAUGGGAAACUGGAGGAGCUGGCUAAAGAGAUUUCCCUGGUGGAUGCGGCUGGGUUUAAGGAAACCAACGCCAAGUCAACGUCUGGGACUUUAGACCUGAGACCUCCGGAAUUUAAGAGGCUGUCGUCUGCUGAGUCAACAGAGAACCAGGACACCGCGAGUCUAACGGUCAACUGCCCGGAUUCUCCGGAAAACGCGAUGAGUCUUAACGGCGACGGUUUCUCUUUGUGUUGCGGCGGGAAUUUUAAAAUUCAUCUGAACUGCACGGCCAUGAUGAAAAAACCGGAGCGGCGUCCGUCCGCCGUGGUCAUACAAAACAAAAGAUGCGCCAUGACGGAGGAGGAAAAUAUGUUUCCUAUGAAAAUUAGUGAGAGCUACAGGCAAGGGCUGGACUCUGGAACCGAUAAAUUGUCUGGAAGUAAAGUAGCCCCUGCGGUUAAAACUGUCCAGGAUCUUAAGGUCAACGAACAUGAAUUAAACCGAAACUUCGCCGGAAGUCGCGAGGAGCUGUUAGCCGAAACGGAAACGAAACCUAUAUCUGGAAACGAACCAGCGUCUCAGCAGAACCCGGAAAAAGAUAACGCGACCGACGACAGCGGAAAUAAAGAAAAGAUCGUAUCUAAGAACGCUGAGGGUGAAAUAUCUACAAAACAACAGACGGGCACCAAUGGGGACGAAGCGACGCGCAAUGAAAGACUUGAAAAAAGGAAGUCGAUAAUUGAGGAGCUAGACGCGGAUAAGGAAACCAUUAAUAUGUAUGACUCUGUUCUGGACGAACUGAUCAAAAGACAGCAUGGAUCUGUUGAAGAGAGACAGGAAGUAAAAGAAAAAACCGACAAGGAGAGUAAUGGUAAGUCUAAAAGAUACGGGAGGGUCAUGAGUGAGUCUGAUUUUGACGCCAAUUUUGAAGAGGCGAUAGAAAAGUGCGAGCAGAAAUUAAAACAGGUAACACUACAAGAGGCUGUGAACAACGAUUUAAACGAGGCGCUGGUGUGCGACCCGGUGGGGUAUGUUAACGAGCAUUUGGUCACGGUCAAAGGUCACGACCCCACCCCCGGGUUCAUCAUGCAGCAGAGCAUCGACGUCUACGACAACGUGAAUUUCCCAGAAACGGCACCGCCGUUACCUGAGAGAGUCCCUCGUCACGCUCACAGGCAAACGCACGACCGGAGGCCGUAUCGUGACCCGAGGUCACGCAACGACGGCUGUCCGAGUUUUUCAAGCAUCGUGUCUGAGAGCGCCACGGAUGAGUACAUGCAGGGCAGGAGAGCUCAGAAUAGAACAAAGUGGGUCAGCUCCACCCCUCACCUGUCCACCCUCGACAACCGAAACGACGCCGUUGCCGUCAGAACGAGUUCUUUCCCUUACCUUGACCGACAGGAAGUCGACGCCUCCACACAGUACAUGACAGGGUCGGGGAUGAGUUUACAUUCAGAUUCCGUAUGUUGGGGUAACUAUGCACGAAUCGAUGACGUCACCGACAGAAGAUCCUACGACUCUGAAAGUUCCACUUCCGGUUUAGUCAUACCCGGGACUGGUCGAGAAUCAACUCUGAGUGACGUGUCCGAUGGGUAUAUAUUCGGUGAGUACUCGACGGUCAAGGACGAGAUUCCCUUUGACAAGGUCAUCCGUCCUUUGGAUAGGCGUACGGUCGUUGACAACACAUUCCGGUUCAGGCAUUUUACGACCGCCGAGGACUCGCCGUACGAGAACAUCAAAGUGAUCACAUCCCAGCCGGUCAGUGCGCACCCAAGGUACGUCCGAUCCAACAUGGACGUUCACGGUGACGUCACUUCCGGUUAUGAACACUACGCGAUCAUCGGUCAACCCAUGCACUCGAAAUCCGUGCAGUACUCCGUACCCUCGUCGCCUGUCGGGGUUUUAAAGAUCAGCUGCGCGUCACAGACCAGCACGGAGUCUCUCGCCGGCUACGUCAGAGAUGACGCUUCCGAUAUCCUAGAAGGUCUGCCCGUGUUUGAGUACACCCUGGGCGCGACGUUGAGUACUCACAGCCAUCUCGCAGACGUCGCAGACGACCAGUACACCCAGCGGUACGCCGACGACAAACCGGAUUUGACCAAACAGACGCAGUCUCUGGACCGACGCAAGACCAAACCACCGGCACGACGACCAAGCCGACGGGAACAGGAAGUGGUUAAAAAAUCGACCAAGGUCACCUUCUCGCGUGACGCGGUUCUGACCGACGUCAUCGACGGCAUCAAGAAAAGCGAACUCAGCCUCGACCAAGGCGGUAGAGGAUUUAAGGAUAUUGCAACGUCCACGUUUUCUUCCAUCGGCGGCGGGGUCCGGGAGAUUGCGAGAAUUUUCCACGUCCCCUUCCAAUGCUGCCGUAGCAGCCGCAAGGAAAAGCCGCGCACAAAGCCCACCGAACCACGUGUCCUGCGUCACUCGUUUCGUCUGUACCACUUUCGGCGUCCUCACCGGUGUUUCGUCUGCAAGCAGUUGGUGUAUAACCAGGGGUCUGCUUGUCAAGUGUGUCGGUACAUAUGUCACAGGAAAUGUGAGCUUCAG